CGUCUCUUCUCUCUCUCUCUCUCCCUCUCUCCAUCCAAAUCUCCUCUCUUUUUUUCCCCAAAUUAGAUCGAACAAAUUCGUAAAUUAAUCUCUUAAAAACACGCGAAUUGAAUCGAGGAGAGAUUAGCACGAGACGUUUCGGUCCCUUUUUGGGAGCUAAUCGUGUGGUUUUUUGUCGAUUUUUUGUUGGGGUGUUAAUCUAGGGUUAGGGUUUCGGAUCUGGACGAGUAGUCCCGGCCCCAAAUCCGUCCAUGAAUGACCCGAUGAUGCGGCCGCCGGCGCAGCAGUACCAGAUGUGGGCGGCGCCGGCCCCGCCGCCGCCGCCGCUGCCGGCGGCGAUGAUGGAGGUGUUGCCGGUGGUGUUCGUCGGGGGGAAGCCGGCGAGGCCGGCGUGGAAGCGGGUGGCGAGGCAGCAGGGGUGGAAGCGGAAGGCGCCGGCGGCGGGGGCCGGGGCGAGGUGGGGCGGAGCGGCGGCGCCACGCAACACGACGUCGUACCUGAUCCGGGCCAAGCGGGCCGGGGGCGUCGCGUCGCUGGUGUCGCCGUGCCCCGUCACGCCGGCCGUGCUGCCGACGCCGCAGCUGUCGCCGGCGCGCGAGGUGCUGGUGGAGAUGGCCAAGGAGAAGUGGGGCGUCGACGGGUACGGCUCCAUGAAGGGCCUCAUCCGCCUCCGCUCCCAGGCCACCGACGCCGGGGUCCUCCCCGGCGAGGGCGAGGAGUCCGGAUCCGGCGAGAGCGACGUGGAGGAGCACAUCGAGGUUGAGCGCCGCCUCGACCACGACCUCAGCCGCUUCGAGAUGGUGCAGCUCCCUGCCGCGGCCGGCGACGGAGAGGACGAAGACGACGACGAGGAGGAGGCCGAGGAGGCCCGCGCCGCGCGGCUGGAGGAGGAGAACCUGACACUGCGCGAGCGCCUCUUCCUGAUGGAGCGCGACAUGGACGACCUCCGCCGCCGCCUCCUCGCCGUGGAAUCCCUCUGCCGUGACCGCCACCGCGACGGCUGCGUGGUGGACGCGGCGGCCACCGGCGCCGAGGAGACGGUGCUCUCGGAGAGUGUGGCCGGGGUGGACCUCGCCGGCUUCGGAGACGACGCUGACACGGCGGCGGACGCCAUGAAAGCGUGAAGCAGACGAAGGCGCUGUUCUCAACUGUACAUAGGUUCCCUGGUUUCCCCUGUGCAGAUGUUGAUGUGAAGAGUAGGCAGAACAGAAGCAGCUUAGCUUAGAAAUUACUCUUCUUCGUUGCAUCCUCUUGUGGUUUAAUCUUGAUUUGUUAGUAGCCUCUUGCAGUAACUAGUCCAGUUCCAUUUCUUCUUGUAGAAUCAAUCAAAUCAAAUCAGGCAAUGGAUGAAGAUGAAAUGGGCAAGCAAGAACACAAGAUUGAAGUGCGUGCCAUGAAAAGGUUUGGUGCGAGGUAGGGAGAUGAGCAAAACCGGUGAAGCCAACCAAAGAAUCCUCCUCCCUUUUGGUGUGUUUGGUUUUGGUAUGGUGCUCGUAGAAUUGGAAGA